AUGUCGUCGGCUCAGGGGUUAUCGAGGCAGCAAAAGGGGAAAUCAGUUGCGGCGGCAUUGGAUCCGGCAAGGGGUCCUGACGGAGGUUGUAUCGGGGAUCUCGAGUCGACUCAUCACGAGGCGAUGAUGGACACAGUUGAUUUGUCUCGCUCCCAGAGGCUUUUGGUCGCAGAUGCUACACGGCUUGCGAGGGAAGAGAGCGAGAACGUCGCCGUGAGGGAUGCGACGGAGUGUGCGAGAGACGGACAGAGCGGGGCGGUGCCCGUUGACUCGAUUACCUUGAGGGCUCGCGCAGUGGAAGACGAUCCUUCGGAAGACGACGAUUCUGAAACCGAGUUGUUUCCGACGACCUUCAAUCCCGAAGGGAUUUUCGAGGAGCUUCCACGACUACAUCCUGACUUAUUGCGCCCUGCUUUCGUGGCUGGUCAAGAUUGGGACGGUGUGGAGGAGACUAAGUCGACCCUGAGGAGUGUGAAGAGGGUUCUUCGGGCGAAGAACGCUACAGGCGUGACCUUCCUCAUUCCUACGCAGGAGCAAAGGCCUUGGUCUCCUCCGAUCGGGUACCAAACAGUAUACGAGUCUUAUUUCCAGGAUGACACUCGCUGUUGGUUCCCCAUCCCGCGACUGAUCACCGCGUACGCUAGGCGGCGGGAUCUUGCGAUCAGUCAGUUACUGAACGGCUCGCUGCGACUAGCCGUCACUCUAUCAGUUCUAGCGGAGGAGAUUGACAUGCCGAUGAGCGCCAGGUCGUUCGAGGAGAUGACCUCGAUAACCGAUAUGAAGGACGGAACCUACUCGGUGAAGAUGCGACCAAACUGCAAUGUGUACGCCGGUCAUCCCAACAAAACGCAGAAUUGGCAGUGUUCCUACUUCUUCAUCAAGUCCGACGACUCGGCUUUCGAGGAGCCUCCUCGAGAGGACUAUUGGGUCCUAUGGAACCUUGGCCAUCCUACGUCUCCAGUCUAUCCUGAGGAUUUCCUGAAGAGCGUCCGAGCCGUCGCUUUGCUUCGGAUCUACCGUUGGUCUGAGAUUACCGUUGAGAAGAUUCGAGAGCUUAAGGACCGGAUCGCUCGAAGAGAGUGGAGAUCUGAUCUUUCGACCGUUCUUCCUAUUCGCACCAAGCGACUAGACAUCUUCCCGAAGGACAUCCAGAAGCAACUGCCCAGCUGGGACUGGUCAGCGAGGAAGGACCCUCGACGACGGUUCUUCGCGGGGAAGGGUAAAAAAAGGAAGAGGGGCGGCUCGGGAGUCGAGGGGAGCGCCGAGGAGGCGAGCGACGUUCCUCCUUCUGGCGAACCCCAGAAGAAGAAGAAGAAGAAAAAGAAGAAGAGGAUAAAGAAGCCUGUUGACGAGCAGUUGGAGAAUCCCGAAGAACCGACUGAGAUUGAGGAGGGUGAUGUUCAAGAAGAAGAACUUCAACCCGAAGAGGAGGCUUCUGAGGCUGAAACCUCGGGAGAACGGGACGAUGCGGCGGUAGUUGGUGAAGGGGAGGAAUCUGAAAUUCCUCUUAACGCCGCCCGUCCGGACGGUUCUGAAGAAGACAGCGGAGAGUCGCCGCUUUUGAUUAGGAGACGCAACGACGAGGUUGGCGAUGAGGCGGGAUCUCCUAUUCUGGCAUCUUCUCGCGAGGGAACUCCGGUUCCCAUAGGGGAAGGGGUGCCCGGAGUCAACUUUCCAGACAAGGUUUCGUUUCACUACGAGGGACCGGCCCCUCUAGUGUACGUUCCCGAGAAGUGUGGAGAGUUCCUUUGCCAAUUAAGGGGGAGGGCGAAACCUUUGCCCGCUGUGAAGGACCUCAUCUUUGGGGGUGAAUACGAGGAAGCUGCGAGGGCCAAGCUGCUGGGGGAUAGCGCGACGAACGUCGUGAUCGAUAAGUACGACACUGCCCUGAAGGGAGCUUUGGGCGAACUCGAGCUAGCUAAGAAGGAGCACGCGGAGAAAGAGGAAGCUUCUGCUCGCCAGCUGAAUGCAUCGAGGGCUGACGUCGAGAGGCUUAACGGGAUGGUUGCUCGCAUCAUUGCUCGAAGAGACGAGCUCAAAGCCGAGUUGGAGGUAUCCCGAGGAGUCGUUCGUGAGCUCGAGCGGAAGAACGCUGAACUUGAGAGCGAGAAGGUUUCGCUUGCUGCGUCUCAUGAAAGAGAGAUGAGGCGCCUUAGAGAUUCCAGGAUCCUGGAAAUGACGAGGGAAAGAGGAAGAGUUGAGGCCGAGAUGGCCGCGAAAGCUAAUCGUCGCUUCGCUAGGAUUCGCUCCCGAGAAGAGCGACGAGGUCCCUAUGAGGAGGCCCGGUUGCUUCAUAGCCAAGCCUUCGGAACCAGGAAAUGCCUUGAGGCUUUGAAGAGAGCUGGGAGCGACAUCUCGCAAGCUACAAUCGAGCUGUUCGCCGAGCAAAAGAAGAAAUAUGAGGAGGAAGCCGAGAAGCUUAGGGUGGGCGAGAUACCCGAGGAAGAUCUCGCACUUUCUCCUCUCGUAUUGGACUCUCAGUUUGUGGAUGCUCGAAUCUUGGCGAGUCUCGAUCCGUAUGGGUCCAACGCCGGCUUGAUCGAUCCGGAGAUUGCAGCGAGCCUCCACGUUCCGCCUAGUCAUCCGGCUGAAGAGCGGCGCGAAGACCCGACGCCUCUUCUUGAAGGUCCUUUGGCUGAUCCAGAGAUCGUCCCGAGAUCAGACGAAGUGCAUGUUUCUCCGGCUGCUCGUGAGUCAAGAGUCAGGGCUUUGGAGCUCUCCGUCCUCAACGAUCGCGAUAGUGAUCGGGAAGCUUAG